UUUAUUUUCCAGAAGUUACUUCCGCUGAAAUCCCACUUGACAGUCGAAGUGACAUUUGUGCAAAUGCUUCUGUUGUAAUGUAACUCAAUUUGCCUUUAUCUCACUGAAAGUGAGAACUGAGAUGGCGACAGCUGCAGAAGUCAGGGAGGGCUUCCUCUGCCCUAUGUGUAUGAAGGACCUGGGAACUAUCUCACAACUUCAAGGACAUUUUGAAGAGGAACAUUCAGCAGAGGACAAAGAUGUCCUUCAACAGCUCAGGGGAUUAUUCGGGAAAACCAUAAAGAAGAUAUUGGGAGACAAAGAUACCCCAAAUAAUACAGAAGCUGCCAACACAAGUUCAGACAAUGGCCAGCAGGGUUACAUUCCUGCUCCUAGUGUGGCAGGGUAUGACCCAUCCCUGUGGGACCCCCAGGAACCAGGACACACACGGUGUUGGACUGACCUAUUUAAGACACAGAGAGGGGCCAGAGUGGAUAGGUUUGUGGUGGAAACCAAUAAACUUAUCAUCAGACUAGAUAAACUUACUGGGCAAGAUGCUCCUACUGAACCUAGUAAACGCAAAGCUUAUGAACGGGCCCUUGUUCCCUGGUUACCAGAUAAGAUGAUCCCUUCUUGUCCAAGUUGUGGCCGAUCAUUUGGUCUCACCAGGCGGCGCCACCAUUGUAGACUCUGCGGAGACAUCAUGUGUGACAAGUGUUCACACUUCAUGCCAUACACAUUUGCCAAGAAGCUGACUGACCCAGCCUUCCAAACGGGCACUGAGGUUGGUUUCCUCAAGCGGAGCGGCAGUAACACUAGUCUUAACUCCCUCAUGGGCAUGGAUGGGGACCCACACAUACGAACAUGUGAGAACUGUCGCAAGUUACUGGAGCGUCGGGACCAGCAGAUGGAGCAGAGAAAUACUCAGCCUCCAAUCGUACUCCUGUAUCAGAAAAUGAGCCAGUAUAUUGACAACUCCAAUGAAUUGCUCACAGAGUACAUGCCCAUGGUAGAGUCUCUCAGUAAUGGAGAAUCCACAUAUAACCUGAGGACAGCACAGCAGCUUAGAACGAAAAUCCUCAAAACUUACGAAUUAAUUGAUGGCCUUAGCAAAAGAAUACUGCAGCUUGGAAUGAAUUCUGAGGAGGGACCUACUGCCAAACAGGCUCAACUCCAGAAGGCCAUACGGAUACGAGCUAGUAAUGUGAUGCAGGAGAACGUUAUUGGUCUCCAGGCCUUACCAACAGAGGAGCAGUACGCUGUUAUACAGGAACGACGCAAACAACAGGUGCAACGACGCAUCGCCAUGGAACGUCAGGCAACUCUUGAAGCACAGGAACGGGAAAUGAAACAGCGGGAGCAAAAGGAACAGAAGGACCAACCCUCCAAAGCUGCUGGGGGAGGUUCAGGGGCGUCUUCUAGUGCGAAGGAGAAACCUGUGGAAGGGAAAGACAGAAGUGGGUCAAAGAUUCUGUCCGGUUGGAUUCCCUCAGAAGCCACCAUUAACUUCAACGAUAAGGAUGACCCCAUGAUACAACAGAUGAACAUCAUCCGGGGUUACAUCAAACAGGCCAAACAAGCCCAGAAGUUAGACGAGGUCACAAUGUUGGAACAAAACCUCAAAGAACUUGGUCAAGAGUAUCUACGCCAACAAAAUCGGUCAUAGUAAUGUGUCGCCAUGGCAACAAAUACAAACCGUAAAUCAGACAUAAACAUGGUAACAAAAUCAAUUAAAGACCAUUUCCAUGGCAACACAGAGUCGGUCAUAGUUGUCUUCAUCACUGUUAAUUCUGCUGUGAAAAUAUUUGUUGGGGAUUAACUGGUGAUUUUGCUAUGUUUGCGGUCAUUCAGUAAAGAAAGAAAAUAAAUACUGAGCGACUAUGACACAAACGACAAAAGUGUUAACAGCAUAAUGAAUGUUUACAAAGAGUGUUGGCAUGUUAUUUAAUGACCAUGGUCUAGCUCUUAACAACUCUACAGUAUUCAGUCCAUCGUGUCCAUUGACAAACAAUUUAACAUCCAACACUUGUUAGUUGGGAGAAGGUCUGCUGUCUGCCAGUAGUUGUGUCAAAUCAGCUUUUAGGAAAGUGUGAAUAGGUAUAAUUACAAUGUGAUUACAAUUACAAUGUAAUUACACAAUAGAUUCCAACAAUGAAGUGUCGUAAUUACAAUGUGGCUACAAUAGAUUCUAACAAUGAAGAGCGAAAUUGAGAAACUUCCCUGUGUCUUGUACAAAGUACAGCCUUCUAUCAUCUAGACACUCCAAUAUGUUGUUAAUGUUUAGUUGGUGAUAACCUAUGUGAUUUUGUUUCCUAAUCUUACGUGUGCAAGGUUCAAUGUCCUAAGAUGAUGUUCAACAUUAUACAAAUGUUUCAGUGUGCAUGGAUCGUUAAUUGUGAGUUGUUUGAAAUUGUAUGUGAAAAAUCAUUUUUACAGAAAAAUUUCUUUUACAUAUGGGUCAUUCAUGGAAAUGUGCAAUAAUUUAUGUAUUUCCAGGCAUUAUUUAUAAUCAUGAACUUGAUUUUACGUGUUGAUUAUGAUGCAUUGCUGUUUUACAUGUUACUGUCUUUGCUGAUUUUCAUUCAGUUGUAAGAUAUUCAUUGAGCUUCGAAGAAUCAUUUAUAUCAAUCUAGGACAGUGUACUUCUAGUAAAACUUCUAAUU